AUGCUUCCAUUCGGCGGACAAGGCUCAAAUCAAGCCAUUGAGGACGCUGGCGCACUAGGGGUCGUCCUUGCAGGGGUAGAAACUCCGGCAGAAGUACCAGCACGAUUGAAAGUGUUUGAGAGUGUGAGAAUCAGGCGAGUGUCAGUCAUUCAAUUGUUAUCCACGACCCGAGCCGGGACCGAAAAGACUGUCGAAGAAGCACUUAAGCAGUAUGUAUCUCCUGGUACCAGAGUGCCUGGAUCUUUGGCGGAGCGCAACUGGGAUGCCUAUAGCCACUGCGGAGGCUUUGGCGGCCGCCAGGAUGAAUCCGACAAACUCACCGGGUAA